GCCCUCUCCCGAGUCUCCUCUCCUUGUGCAGAGAGAAGCAGAAGAGGGUGAAGAUGAGUUGUAGGCAAGGGCCACCAAAGCAUCAAAACAAGUACGGAUGGAAGCCUAACGCUGGGAACAAGAAGAACGAAACGGAAGUUGGAGGAACCCUAAGACCCUAUUCGGAGAUCACUGGCGUCUGUCCUCGCUGUAAAGGACAGAUUGAAUGGAAACGCAGGUAUGGAAAAUACAAGCCCCUUGUCGAGCCUGCUAAGUGUCAACGAUGUUCGAAGCGGGCUGUUCGGCAGGCUUACCAUAAUCUCUGUACUGCUUGUGCCAAGGAUCAAAAAGUGUGUGCCAAGUGUUGUUGUCAUGUUGAUCGGAUUGUUGGAAGGGACUCUUCAGAAGUAGAGGCCGAGAAAAAGUCACUUGAGGAGGCCAUAAAAAAUGUACGGGAGAGGGAUCGGAGGACACUAUUACGUGCUAUGAACAAAGGGAAAACUGGUUCUCGAACAAAAACGUCGAGCAAUGGAGAAAGUGAGGUUGAAGAAUUAUUUACUGCAGCGUCCCUUGAAGAGCAUGCAGAACUCAGUAGAGAGGAGGAAGAAGAAGAAGAAGAAGAAGAAGAAGAAGAAGAGUACGAUGAAGACGAGGACCGGAUAUCUAAUUGACAUGAGAACAUGGUCAUUAGACAGUUUUGGUAUGUCUGUUUUUAUACUUUUUUCAAUGCAUUGUGAUGAAGGUGCCUGUAAGUUUAGUACCACCCUUGAUGAGUCUGUUGAACUCAAUAGAGAGCAGCAAUGAGAAGAUUAGAAACAGAUAUGUUAUUGAGAGAUGGGACCAUUCUCUAGACAGUUUUGGUAUGACAGUUUUUAUACUUCUUUUCUUGAAA